AUCUAAACAUAUCAGCAUGGACAUGGACGAGUCCAUCAGUUCCCUGUUCGAAGAGGUCUCACACGGUUACAACGAACGAAUGAACGAAUGCAGGGCACUCCUAGCAAAAGAAUCAGUACAAAUUUCCAAAUUUCUCAGAGAAGACCUUGAAAUACUCCUUGAAUUCACCGAAGCUGCCUGGGCAAAGUUUCAAGAGGAAUUCCAGCCUACAAUGAGUGAUGAUUCGUCACUCUCUGGGAUCAUGGUUAUUGACAAGUGGCAAGAAUCACGUUUCUCCCCGCACGCCUUGCUACACCACCUGACGGUCAUCAAGGAGAACGUGAAGCGAGUUGAGUGGUAUAUGGACGAUGCUAAAACUGAGGGGUUGGGAGUGUACCUAGGUGAUGAUAUAGAACAUUGUGCUGACUCCCCUCAAGAUGUUAUUGUGUCCUUUACUUUCAACACCUCCGCUUUUAAAAGCAAGGAUUUGAAGGAUGCCUUUGAUUGUCUCUGUAGACGUGAUUUCGAUUCAGCUUCAUCGCUUGCUUCUGGUGAACAAGAUGAGAAGAUAAACGAUCUGGUUAGCAUACUGAUUGUGUUUGAUUCGUUCGUUCUUUACUCCAAAGAAAACAGCAAAGAGUCCAACAAGAAAUUUGCCAUCUCCAAUGGUUCCGAGUGUCAUGAUGGAAGCCUUGCUUACACCAGCAUCUUCACAGUGGAUGGUGAGAAAUAUUUCGAGCUACCAGGAAAACCCAACAGGCCAGUCUACGUAGAUAAUUCUAAAACAUCCCAUUCCCUGAAAAUCAGUCUGAGCUCAACAGGUAACGGUGAACAGAAUGUUACCGGGUACAAACUAAUGGUUUACGAGGUUGGAGUGCUGAUCAGAUCAGUGCACCUUCCCAAAACUAGCUCCGCUUCACUACAGUUUCUUGUGGAAGACUUACAGCAGGGAAUGGAAUACUCGUUCAAAGUGCAGAGUGUUUCUCAAGCAGGAUGCUCACCUAAAAGUAUCAUGAGUGAGAAGAUACUGCUGGACGCUGCUGUCCCAGCUGGACAAUUUCACCAGGAGGAGGAAGAGGAGGGUUUUGUUAGUGAUUCAGGUUCAGAGCUGUCUCUAGAUGAGAUUGAUACAGAUGGUCCCCAGUUGGUUUCCUUCGCACGCACUCCAGGUUUCGGUAAACCAACCUUAAACCUUGGUUUCGGCAGCAGCAGUUCCAGAGAAUAUUCCAGCGGAAACAAAGGAGGAAGAAAUAACUUGUCCAAGAAGGGGUUAGAGAGGGAUAUUAAGAAAGAGUACGGGAACAAGAGAGACAAUAUGAGUCGGUCAGAAAGAUAUGAGAUUGAGAAGAAAAUGGGAAAGUCUCUAAACUUGCGUUAAAAGCAGAGAUUGAAUUAUGAGAUGCGUGUUAUAUCGAAAAAAGCUUGAGGGGCCUACCGAGAGGAUCUUUCUGAGGGGAGACUCAUACAAAUCAGUGACAGUGAACUCUUCAAGGCUCAAGCCCCAAAUUUUGUUAUGAUAAAAUGUCAAUCAAGUCGGCGCAUGCGUUAGUUUUUAAUUUCCCACAAGUGUAGUUGUACCUCAUCAGAGCAGUUAUAGAGUUAUAGGGUUAAUAUUUUAUUGUUUGAAUUAACUUUUCUACCUUAUUUUUAUCAUAGAUUUGUACCUACUUUUUUUAUUUCGUGAUGAUUUUUUGCAUGAGUUGGAAAAUUUCAAAGAUUAUUGUUGGAGCGUACUGCAGAUAUUGCACACUUUUUAUUUCAUGAAAACCGUCUAUUAAUCAGCUCGUUAAAAAUCGUUUGUUCGAAUUUUAUCUUUUGCUGUAUUUUUGGAUCGAUUA